UGUAUCAUUGAAACUCUAAAGAUUUGGAGUUUGUUUCUGAAUCCAACUAAAAUCAAGAAUCCUAGUUUGAUUCAAACACUACAAAAUCAUCACUAUAAAUAGAGCCGCAUGCAUCUUUCCAAUAUGCACAAAAAUUGCCGGUGAGUCGGAACAUGGAGAAUCCAUUAAUCUCUGCCAAUUAUCCUAUUACCCUAAAGUUUGAAGAUAUUGGAUACAAGAUUAAGAUCCAAGGAGGUGGUGGUAAAAAACAAGUCAAAGAGAAAACAGUCUUGAAUGGAAUCACAGGUGCAGUAGAUCCAGGUGAGAUCUUAGCCAUAUUAGGUCCUUCCGGAUGUGGGAAAACAACCCUCCUAACUGCAUUAGGAGGUAGGCUUGGUGGAGACCUAACCGGUAGGAUCACAUACAAUGGGAAUCCCUUUUCCAAUAACAUGAAUCGAAGAACAGGGUUCGUUACCCAAGAUGAUCACUUCCAUGCUCACCUUACAGUAACAGAAACACUCGUAUUUACGGCAAGUUUAAGAUUACCUAAUUCACUUACUCAAGAACAAAAAGUUGCGCAUGCUGAGGCAGUUAUAGCGCAACUUGGUCUAACCAAGUGCAAGAACAACGUCAUGGGAGGACCAGGACUCCGAGGUGUUUCCGGGGGUGAAAGGAAGAGAGUUAGUAUAGGGGAAGAGAUGCUGAUCAACCCGAGCCUUUUGUUUCUCGACGAGCCUACGUCAGGUCUUGAUUCGACGUCCGCUCAGCAGGUUGUGUCUGUGUUGUGUGAUUUUGCUAAAGGCGGACGAACUGUUUUGAUGUCAAUUCACCAACCUUCAAGUCGAGUGUUUUACAUGUUUCAUAAGAUUUUACUCUUGUCAGAUGGUAAUAUUGUGUAUUUCGGCAAGGGAGAAACAACCAUGGAUUAUUUCGCCAGCAUUGGUUACACUCCGUCCGUCGCCAUGAAUCCUGCUGAGUUCCUCUUGGAUCUUGCCAAUGGAGUCCAUAUAGAUGAGGACAAAAGUGGAAUGCCAAUGAAACAAGAGCUCAUCUCUCUUUACCAAACCAACAUUGGUAACAGCCUGAAGUUGGAGGCGCAACAGGAUAUCAUCAAUAAGAAAGACGGCGAGCUUUCAAUUGCUGAUAACGGUUUUGGUCGAUGGAACACAACUUGGGGGCAACAGUUUAUGGUGUUGGUUAAAAGGGAUCUUAAAGAGAGGAAGCACGAAUCCUUUAGCCGUCUUAAAAUUACUCAAAUUCUGGUUGGUGCUAUAUUUAUUGGACUUACUUGGUGGCGAACCCCUAUUUCUCACUUACAAGACCAGAUUAGUCUCCUAUACUACUUCUCCCUGUUUUGGAGCUUGUUGCCGGUGUUCAGUUCAAUAAACACAUUUCCUCAAGAACGACUGAUGCUUACAAAAGAACGUUCGUCAAGCAUGUACAGGCUUUUAGCCUACUUCGUCGCAAGAACAACAACCGAGCUUCCUAUUGAGUUAGCCUUACCAACCAUGUUCACAAUCAUAACCUAUUUUAUGGGAGGGUUGAAGGGAACAGCUUCCAACUUCUUCAAAACACUAUUUUCUCUCCUAUACAGCGUGUUGGUUUCUCAGGGUAUGGGGCUUGCCAUUGGUGCCGCAAUUAUGGAUCUGAGAUCUGCAAUAACAUUCGCAUCAAUUUUGGUACAGAUGUUCCUAUUAGUCGGUGGGUUCUAUAGACAAAAUAUUCCUGCAUUCCUAUCAUGGUUUAAGUACAUCUCCAACAACUAUUACACAUUCAGACUGUUGUUGGCGUCACAAUAUGAGAGUGAUGAAUUGUAUCUAUGUGCACCAGACACAAGUUGUAAGGUAGGAGAUUUUCCUAUGAUACAGCAAAUGGGACUGGGAAAUGUAGGCGUCUCUAUUGGUGCUUUGGCAGUAAUGCUUGUAGGGUACAGAGUUAUAGCUUAUGUUGCCCUGAUGAGACUCGGAAGGAGACGCAAGAUAAAGAGUCAGUGAUUUUUGGGAGGUUUGCCUCGUUAUGCCCCCUCUUUCUUUUUCUUUUUUUGAUAGAAGUUUAUGUCCUCUUAAUUCUUUAUUACAUGCAUAUUCAAAGUAAUAGAGUUUGAUUUAGAAUGAAUCUACGUGUUCUAUGUGAUUUUUACUUGUUCA